AUGUUUGGUGUUGUUCGUCGUUUUGGUGCCUCUCAGGCCCUGCGGGUCGUGGCGCCGCGCUCCACGCCUGCGCGAUGGACUCCCCAGUUGCUGAAAUGGCAACCUUCGACGAUUCGGUCUCCUGCCAUCGGCCGAUCCUUCCAGACUUUCCCUGCGCUGCGUGAGGCUGCUGCCGCUGCCAAGGCGGAGACCGACGAUGUGUCGCAGCAAGAUCUCAUCACUGAAUUCACGGACCUGCAAAAGUCUGGACUGAUUGAUCAGAAGAUCAUUCAGAACAUCACUCACCCCAAUCGCAUGGGUCUGAAGACUAUGACCGACGUUCAGAGCCAGACCAUCAAUCAGAUGCUUCAGGGCGAUGAUAUUCUCGGCCAGGCAAAGACCGGAACCGGCAAAACACUCGCCUUCCUUGUCCCGACGAUGCAAAAUAUCCUCAGCGACCCCACCUUCACCAGGGCCCGCGUAGGACGCUAUCGCAAUGGAAACCAAGCCGGUGCAGACGACAUCCGUGCUCUCGUCAUUUCGCCUACCCGCGAGCUCGCCGAGCAGAUCGCCGCCGAGGCGAUGAAAGUCUCCGCCAAUACUGGCCUGAUCGUACAAACCGCUGUUGGUGGUACGCAGAAGAGAUUCGGCUUGCAGAAGAUUCAACGUGAUGGCUGCCACCUGUUGGUUGGAACACCCGGUCGUCUCAAGGACAUUUUCUCUGACCGGAGAAAUGGCGUCUCGGCCCCUAAGUUGAAUACUUUGAUUCUGGAUGAGGCCGAUCGUCUCCUGGACCAAGGUUUUGCGGCUGAAAUUCAAGAGAUUAUGGCCCUUCUUCCUGACCCAUACAAGGUGGACCGCCAAACUCUCAUGCUUUCAGCUACUGUUCCCCGGGAAGUGAUGGCCAUGGUGAAGCGAACGAUGAAGCCGGACUUCAAGUUCAUAAAGACGAUUCGUGAGGAUGAGGCACCGACUCACCUCCGGGUCCCCCAGAAGGCUGUCUUCAUGUCAGGUCUUGAAAACGCCAUCCCUACCGUCCUGGAUAUUGCCAAGGAGUACCAAGCUCGUCAAGUGCAGGACGAGAACUUGCGCCCAUUCAAGGCUAUCGUUUACUUCAACUCGACCGCCGCGGUUUCGCUUGCUGCCAAUGUCUUCUCUGACCUUCAAACCUCAUUCGAGGACCGCAGGUCUCCUCUGGGUCGUAUGCAGAUGAUUGAAAUUCACUCGAGGCUCACCCAGGCCCAGCGCACUUACAGUGCCAAUGGCUUCCGCAAGGCUAGGGAGGCCAUCCUCUUCUCCUCUGAUGUGACUGCCCGUGGUAUGGAUUUUCCCGAUGUCACCCAUGUCAUCCAAGUGGGUAUCCCUCGCGACGCUGAGACCUACAUCCACCGUCUUGGGCGUACCGCACGUGCGAACAAGACCGGCGAGGGCUGGCUGCUCGUUCACGACGGCGAAAGCGACUACUACCGAAAGAUGCUCGGUCAAAUCCCCAUUCAAACCGAUUCCACUUCUUUCCCCGUCGCCCGGGAAGACGUGUCCGCGGGCCUCACUCCCGGUAGCUCCAUUGCCCAGGUUAAAGGAGCCAUGGCUGAGAUUUCGCCCGUCACCCGUGAAGCCGCUUGGCGUGCGAUGCUUGGUGACGCCGUUAGGAACUUCUCCAACCGCCGCGAAGCUGUUUUCUCCUUGAACCAAAUGGCUACCCAGGGAUUUGCCCUGGAGGAGCCUCCUACCAUCAGCCCCCUCACUGCGAAGAACCUGGGUCUGGACAGAGUGAGAAACAUCAACGUUGCUGGAGGCGGCCGCCGCUUUGAUGGACCCGGCCGUGACCAUGACCGCAACUUUGGCCGCAGCCCUGCCCGUGGUCGUGGUGGCUUCGAUCGUCGAGGAGGCGGCCAUGGUGGUUUUAAUGACCGUCGUCCCAGCUCCCGCAAGAACUGGGGAGACGUGGAGGGUGGGUUUAAUGAUGAUAUCGAAAGCACCUUUGACCGUCCCUUCAAGCGCGGCAACCGCCGCUCCUCUUACGGGCGUCGUGAUGACUACUUCUAG